AUGGAAGUUGAAGUGAAGCUCCGCAUACCCGAUUCCGAAACGUACAAAACCCUAAUUUCUCUCCUCUCCCCUUUCCACAUCAGAACCCACAACCAACACAACAAUUUCUUCGACGGCGUCGCCGGACAACUCUCAUCCCAGCGCGCAGUCCUCCGCAUCCGCUUCUACAACGACCAACCCACCACUAAAUGCAUCAUCUGUCUCAAAGCAAAAGCCGUACUAGUAAACGGAGUAAGCAGAGUCGAAGAAGACGAAGAAGAACUCGAUCCAACAAUUGGCCAAGAAUGUUUAACUGACCCAAACCGUUUAGGAUCUCUGGUUGAAUCCUCAAGAAUCAUGAAAAGGGUCAAAGAUGAAUUUUUUGGUGAAAUCAACGAUGUUGAAGGGCUAGGGUUUGUGUGUUUGGGUGGAUUUAAGAAUUUAAGAAAUGUGUAUGAGUGGAAAGGGUUGAUGAUUGAAGUGGAUGAAACAAGUUUCGAUUUUGGUACACUUCGCUUCAAAAUUUGCCAUUUUUCGAUCUGGGAAAUUGCCAUAGUUCUAUCAGAAGUGGCUUGCUGUUUAAAUUACAUUGGGGAUUUAAGUAAUUCUCGAAAUGGAUGUAAAUUGAUGCAUUUAGCAUUACAGAGGUCAUGGGAUUUUGCAAGAAUUGAACUAUAG